AUGGAUUUUGAUGCACUUCGUGACGUUCAAUCUGGCCUAGGCACGGCUGCAGUAAUUGUGAUGGACAAAUCUACCGAUAUUGUCCAAGCGAUUUCUCGUUUAUCUGAUUUCUAUAAACACGAAAGUUGUGGACAGUGCACACCAUGUAGAGAAGGUACAAAAUGGCUUAUGGGUCUGAUGUCGCGUUUCCAAAAGGGCUAUGCUGUUCCAAGAGAAAUUGAUAUGGCUGAAGAACUAACAAAACAAAUUGAAGGACAUACUAUUUGUGCAUUAGGUGAUGCAGCAGCGUGGCCUGUUCAAGGAUUAAUUCGCCAUUUUAGGCCAGAGCUUGAAGCUCGCAUGAAAUCAUAUGCUUCUACACAUGGUGAAAAAGAAUUAUCAAAAUUUGCCUCAGCUUCACCUGCUCAAUUUUAUUAUUGA